UUUUUUUUUAAUUUUUUUCAUUUUUCUACAAUUUUCUCUGAUAACUGUUCCAAUAUUUACUUUAUAAUUUUUAUAUUCAAUCUUUUUGGAGAUAGCUAAAUAAUCUUUUUCUUCGAGUAGUAGAAGGGUAGAGGGAGAGCCAAGUAAUCCCGCCAGCUUUAUAUUUUCUUUUACUUUUCUUUUUAUAUUUUUUUUUCUUCAUUUCCUCAAAUACCACAAAAAUUUUUUGAUGUGUUUGCCUGUGUGUGGCGAGGCCACCAAAAUAAAAUUUUAUAUUUUGCUCAUCCAUUUAGCUAAUACUUUAGUUAAAUCUUUUCUUCUUUACUUUCCUCAUCCUCCCUCUUUUCUAUCUACCUACAGCGUUACUUUUCUUGAUGAUGAUUAGCUAACUAACUAGCUAACUUUCUGUUCACUUUAUUGUGUUUGGUUAAAGCCGGCAGCAACUUCUUUCUUUCCUCUCAUUCAGAGCAUUUAGCCAAUCCCGACGUUUAUUUUAUUUUAGUUUUUCUUUCGGCUUAUAUCGUAAGCUUAGGAGAUAG